AUGGCGAGCUUCAUGGCCAAUCUCUUCCCUGGAGGGCGGGACAAGGCCGAUGCACGCCCUUCCACUCCCGUUCGCAGUACCGCCAACUACAGCUUCACCACCCCUGCUAGCACUCCACAGGGCAGUCCAAGCAAGAAGACCGUUCCUCCGGGCGCCAGAGAACUUCCCAGCGCCUUCCAGAGUCUCAAGCUUAACCAGCAAAGCGCCUUCGACAGCCCCGUCAAGCUUGGUCGCCCACAAAGUGUCAUUGCCCCGCUGUCUCCUGGUAAAAGCAAUAUCCAGGCUUUCGAGGAAGGCCAUGCAGUUGACGACAGCGUCCUCCGAAAGGGCGCAACACAUAACCGCGCCCGUAGCCCACAGAGGAAUCACGGCCAGGAGAACACUCCCCCCGUCCUCCCUCGUGACCCGUUCACCGAGCCGACAUACCAGCCUAGCCAUGCUGCCGUGUCGCGUCAGGAGUUCUACCAGCAUAGGGAACGGCCGUCCACGAGGCGCUUCAAUACCCAACGGGGACUGACCCCCGAGGAGCGCGAGCUCCUCAACAAGCCAAACGUCAAGCGGUUGGUUAACGUUACUCAGCUCUACUUCCUCGACUACUAUUUUGACCUUCUCACAUACGUCAGCGCAAGACAGAAGCGACUUGCCGCCUUCAAACAAGAGUUUCCCCCGCCGCCUGCGACCGAUGAGGAGACAUACAAACAGAUGUGGACGAAGUAUACCGGCAGAGAGCGGGCUAAUCUUCGCAAGCGGCGCGUGAGAUUGAAGCAUGCCGACUUCCAGAUCUUGACGCAGGUGGGUCAGGGCGGCUACGGCCAAGUGUUCCUGGCACAGAAGAAGGACACCAAGGAGGUGUGCGCUCUAAAGGUCAUGAACAAGAAGCUCCUGUUCAAGCUGGAUGAGGUCCGGCAUGUGCUGACCGAACGUGACAUUCUCACAACGGCCAAGAGCGAGUGGUUGGUCCGUUUGUUGUACUCGUUCCAGGAUGAGACGAACAUCUAUCUGGCCAUGGAGUACGUCCCUGGCGGUGACUUUCGCACCCUUCUCAACAACACAGGCGUGCUGUCCAACCGUCAUGCCCGCUUCUAUAUUGCCGAGAUGUUUUGCGCUGUCGAUGCCUUGCAUCAGCUCGGUUACAUCCACCGCGACCUUAAACCCGAGAACUUCCUCGUCGACUCGACGGGUCAUGUCAAACUCACAGACUUUGGCUUGGCAGCUGGUUUUUUGGCCCCUUCGAGACUCGAGUCAAUGAGGCUCCGUCUGGAGCAAGCAUCGCAGGCUCCUGUCCCGUUUGGGAAGCCCAUAGGAGAGCGCACGGUGGCUGAGAGAAGGGAGGGAUAUCGCAACAUGCGUGAGAGAGAAAUCAACUAUGCAAAAUCAAUUGUCGGCUCACCAGACUACAUGGCACCUGAAGUACUGAGAGGAGAGGAGUACGAUUUUACAGUCGACUAUUGGAGCUUGGGCUGCAUGCUUUUCGAGGCUCUGACGGGAUUCCCUCCGUUUGCCGGCGCGACCGCUGAUGAGACCUGGCGCAACUUGAAUCACUGGAAGGAGGUGUUGAAGCGGCCGGUCUGGGAGGACCCCAACUACUUCCUGAGCAACCGGACAUGGAACUUUAUCACGACCUGCAUCAACUCCCGGUCGCGGCGGUUCAACAACAUCAACGAUAUAUACAACCAUCAGUACUUCGCCGAGGUGAAUUGGAAGCACCUUCGCGAGACGAAGCCGCCGUUCGUCCCAGAACUGGACUCGGAAACGGAUGCGGGCUAUUUCGACGAUUUCAGCAAUGAAGCUGAUAUGGCCAAGUAUAAGGAGGUACAUGAGAAGCAACAGGCACUCGAGAAGAUGGCCGAUCGUACCGAAGAGAUGAGCAAGAGCCUGUUUGUUGGCUUCACCUUCCGCCAUCGCAAGCCGGCCACUGAUGAGCCCACUCCGCGCAAGCCGAUUCCAUUUGAUGACGAUGAUGAAGACUUUGGUACAAUGCUGUAG